CCCCCUUCCCCUGCCUCCCGGGUCUCUAGAGGAGCCCAGGAAGGAGGCUCGGCUAGUGCCGCCGGGCCAGGGGCUGCCGGGACCGGGCUGCGGCAAUCGUUAGCGGGUCAUGUCGGCCGCCCAGGGCUGGGACAGGAACCGCCGGAGGGGAGGAGGUGCCGCGGGCAGUUGUGGCGGCGGUGGAGGUAGCGGGGCUGGCGGGGGCAGUGGGGGCAGCGGGGGUCGGGGAACUGGCCAGCUCAACCGCUUCGUGCAACUCUCCGGGCGGCCGCACCUGCCAGGCCACAGACCUCCACCAGCACGAAGUGGGCAUCGUUGUGUGGCAGAUAAUACCAAUCUGUAUGUGUUUGGAGGUUAUAACCCAGAUUAUGAUGAAUCGGGAGGGCCCGAUAAUGAAGACUACCCUCUCUUCAGGGAGCUUUGGCGGUAUCAUUUUGCUACAGGAGUAUGGCACCAGAUGGGCACAGAUGGGUACAUGCCACGGGAGUUGGCAUCUAUGUCACUCGUGCUGCAUGGAAACAACCUGUUAGUCUUUGGAGGUACAGGCAUCCCGUUUGGUGAGAGCAACGGCAAUGAUGUCCAUGUCUGUAACGUGAAGUAUAAGAGAUGGGCCUUACUCAGCUGUCGGGGGAAGAAACCCAGUCGUAUAUACGGACAGGCCAUGGCUAUCAUCAAUGGCUCCCUUUAUGUCUUUGGAGGGACAACUGGCUAUAUCUACAGCACAGACCUGCACAAAUUAGAUCUUAAUACCAGAGAGUGGACACAACUGAAACCAAACAACUUGUCCUGUGAUCUACCGGAAGAGAGAUACAGACAUGAAAUUGCACAUGAUGGGCAGAGGAUUUACAUCUUAGGAGGUGGUACUUCCUGGACAGCUUAUUCUUUAAACAAGAUCCAUGCAUACAACCUUGAAACAAAUGCAUGGGAGGAAAUUGCAACAAAACCCCACGAAAAAAUAGGUUUUCCUGCAGCCCGAAGAUGUCACAGCUGUGUUCAAAUAAAAAAUGAUGUGUUUAUUUGUGGGGGCUACAAUGGAGAAGUGAUCCUGGGAGAUAUCUGGAAGUUGAAUCUGCAGACUUUUCAGUGGGUAAAGCUCCCGGCUACCAUGCCAGAGCCCGUUUAUUUUCACUGUGCAGCUGUUACACCAGCUGGUUGCAUGUACAUUCACGGAGGAGUGGUGAACAUCCACGAAAACAAACGGACUGGGUCACUGUUUAAGAUCUGGCUGGUGGUACCUAGCCUGCUGGAACUGGCGUGGGAGAAGCUGCUUGCGGCCUUCCCUAACCUAGCCAACCUCUCCCGAACACAGCUUCUGCACCUUGGACUCACACAGGGACUCAUCGAGCGCUUGAAAUGAGGAUUUCUAGACUGUUCAUUGAUACUGGAAAUGUUAAUUUAAAGAGACUCCUUUAUUUAUGGGCAGUGUAGAAUGUGCCACAGAGAGGAUUGGUUACCCUGCUCAAGGCCUUAUUCAGAAAAUACAUCAGAUGCCUUUCUGUACUCUGGUUUUAAGUUUAUGGAAUCUCACUUUCCCUUGUGCUUCUUUUUCUGCUUCUCUCCCACCCGCCCCACCCCACCCCUCCCCACACACAUGCUCACAUACUCCCUCUUCCUCGACGGAGUUGAGGGAAAGUCUGAAAGCACUCUAAUGUCAUGGAUCAAGAUAAAGAAUUUUUUGAAAGAACUCAACAUAUGACCAUGUCAGCCAGUGCUCUAUAAAUUACAGCAACACCAUCCAUGGAAACAAAAACCAAAUUAGAAACAAAAGUUUCAGUCCCACACCAACAAGACGUUUGGGGAUAGGACAAGAAGGCUAACCUUGAGAACCCUGCAGGUUAUAUGUAAAGCUAGACGUUUAACUUAACUGUGUUCAAAGACACACCUAAUCGAGUCGCUGGAUCUAAUGGCAGCAGUGAUUGACGUCUUGCUGCAUAGAUACACAAACCUGAUUUUUGACUUUAGUCAAAAAAGUUAAGCAGCUCAGCAACUCUUAAUUAAAUUAGCGAUUUCUGUUCUCAUCCUUAUGGUGCCAGCAGUGGUUAGAAUUGGCUUGUCAAAAGACGUAUGUGCGUGUCGUAGUUGUGCUAUUUAUUGUUGCUUUUAGAAAUUAUGACACCAAGAACGUUUCAAAUCAAGAAACUUUUGGUGGUCAGAGUCCUUCGUUCUGAGCAGUUUUGAAAUUCUCCCAUGCCUGUUAGUGGUUUCAAGUAUCUCUUUGACUUCUUACUUCUUCAUGGGGACUGUAGACCCUAAGUACAUGGCACAGAUGCCAUGGGACUUAAACGUAAGCCCCUGAGAGGCCCGAGAGGAGCAGGGCGGGGAGGGCUUCUGCUCCGGGCCGUGUGUGAGCUGUGCCUGUCACGUUGACCGUUUCCUUUCAGAGCUCGUGUCUUUUCUAACUCUGGGCCACACACCUGCCAUUUUCUUAGGUGACGGGUUUUAUCUCUAGAAAGCCAAUUGGCCCUUGAUUUUUCUCUUAGCUUAUUGCCUCCUUCUCUUUCUGCUUCAGUGUGCAUGGUGCUGUAACUGUGUAGUAAAUGGAUAAAAGGUCUUGGGGGAAAAGUCACAGGUCCUCCUUCCUGAAGAACUAAGUACCAUUUUAAAAAUUAGCAUGAGGAAGGAACGAAACUGAGGAUCAUUCUGGCGUGAAAUUUUAGUUCUGGUUUGUUUCGUGUUGUUUUUUAAUUCUAAAAGAGAAAUACCUAAAUUGUCACUUGCUUUGCCUUCAGGCUGCUAGAGUAGGUCAGCAAGUCGCUGAGACCUGAGCAUUUGGAAGGCCUUAGCUGUACAGAAGGUGCUAAAGGCAUCCAAGAGGACACAAUGCUGAUUGUCCCAUUGGUCCCCUCACAACAGGCAACUCUGAUGGGAGGUUUAGGACACAUUUUUCCUUUAAGUGCCUCUUUUUCACUUAGCUUUUAAAGUUACUCUCCUUUUUCUCAUGUGGGGAUUUAAAAUCACUUUUGAGUUAUGCUAAAAAAAAUUGCCAUCCAGUGCUUAGUUCUGGGAAGAGAAAACUGUGGCCUCUAGACUCGGACCCCCCAACUUCCAAGCCUCAUCAUAACAUCCCAUCCAUGUUGGGCUCAGUUCGCGGAGCUGUAUUCAGUAAGGUCUUAGAAUAACCACUCAUCCGUGAGUCUGGGUCUUUGCGGGGAGAGUGAGGGGUUUGGAGGAGAAGAGGAAAAGGAGCAGCUCCUCUAGAGGUCCCACCGCAUCUGGCCAUGACUGGUCCACCUGGCAUUUACUAUUCACUACCCACCGCCAGGCUUGCUCCGGUGAGGACCUCUCUCCAGAGCAAGUCAGCAUGAGCAGCUCUGUUAGUUCGAAACAAAGCUUUGCUGCGUGAUUCCAGCCUGGUCUCUGGAUUACUGGGGGAAGUAUACCCAGAAUUGAACAAGUCAUGCUGUCGAGGGUGGCGAAAGGAUUUUCAUUAUGGACUUACACAGGGACCAAAGACUGAAUGCUCAGCCUCCGUGCUUCUCCUUCCAUGGUUCUUGGGAUAUAAGCAGGUCUCUAGCUCUGUGUCACAAGAGAGCUGGUUCAAUCUGCACUCACUAGCAUCCUUUUUAAAGCCUUCUGAGGGUGAUCAUCUUUGAGGUAGACUUUGGAGGCCUGACAUCCAAGACCUUGUGUGUGACGUUUUCAUACGCAAGUCAGAAGUGUCUUCUUUUAAUCUAACACUAGUGAAGAUGAUGUAGUGUGACCAGCUGUGAGUGCUUAGAACUACACAUUAUGCGCAUGUUCUGGAUGCCAAAUGAGACUGUAUGUAUGAUGACUUAAAUGUAGAUGACUAGGAUUUUUCAUAAGGGGUCACCAGGCAUUUUAGUAUCUAACCAGCUUUUAAAGUUAUUCUUGAACUUUAACUGAAUUCCUGACACUGUUACUUGAUUUAGGAAAGUUUAUGCCUGCUGCUUCUCUGCCUCUUUGAGGUACUCCCAGCCAUCUUACUGCAGUCCUGUAAAUUUAAGUGCAAUAUAUAGAAACACAUAUGGAUAUAUACAGAUUUAUAUAUAGGGUGUGACUAUAAAGCAGGGAGACUACUUUUUUGUAUCUGUCUUGGGGAAGCCAGCUCAUUACUUUAGAGACAGACUAUAUCAAGAAUUUGAGAUGUGACCGGCUGAAUUAAGCCAACUCUUGGUAGAGCUGGAUUUUCAAGUUCGUGUUUUCUUGCUCCAUUUCUUGUUCCUUGGGUUUCUUAGAGUUGAGACUUUCCCAUCAUCUUUGUACGAUCUCAUGUCUGCAUAUCUUUCUACAUUUCUUUGCCCAGGAACAAGGAAGUCUAUCUGUGAGAGUUUCCUAAAUGGAGAAUUAAAACCUAAUAUUUAAUACUG